AUGAUUGAUACUGUCAUAUCGGCCGAAAUUCGAGAUCAAACCAUCGACCCAGGAUUAUUCGAAGUUGUCACGAAAAAUUUGAUUCACGGUCCCUGUGGUGAUAUUAAUCGAAAUUCACCCUGUAUGAUUGAUGGCAAAUGUUCGAAACGUUUUCCAAAACAAUUGAUUGCUGAAACAAUUACAGGAGAUGAUGGAUAUCCAAAGUAUCGUCGACGAUCAACUGAAGACAACGGUAAAUCAACUGUAAUUAAACUUCAAAAUCAAGGCGUUGAAAUCGAUAAUCGGUGGAUAGUUCCGUACUCACCGAUACUGUCAAAAAUGUUCAACGCUCACAUAAAUGUAGAAUAUUGCAAUUCUGUAAAAUUAAUCAAAUAUAUUUGCAAGUAUGUGAAUAAGGGCAGCGAUAUGGCUGUUUUUGGAGUGGCUCCUGAAGAUAGUCAUGAUGAAAUUUUGCAGUAUCAAAUGGGGCGCUAUAUUAGUACGAAUGAAGCUGUAUGGCGUAUUUUAUCGUUUCCAAUUCAUGACAGACAUCCGGUUGUUGUAGAUUUGGCAGUUCAUCUUGAAAACGGCCAACGUGUUUACUUCACUGCUGCAAAUACCGAACAAAGAGCAGUAGAGCCACGAGCAACUACACUGACAGCUUAUUUCCAGUUAUGUGAAACGGAUGAAUUUGCCAGGACUUUGCUAUAUUCGGAAGUGCCACACUAUUUCACAUGGAAUGCAUCAACAAAAAAAUUUCAACGCAAACAAGGCACAUCUGUUGAUGGUUAUCCAGGUAUUUUUCGAACAGAUGCUUUGGGACGCAUUUAUACAGUUAGUCCAGCCAAUACUGAAUGUUUUUACUUGCGACUUUUGUUGGUGAACGUACAUGGACCGCAAUCAUUCCAACAUUUACGAGCUAUCAAUGAUCAAAUGUGCGCCACAUACCGUGAAGCAUGUCAACAGUUGCAUUUGCUGGAAGAUGAUACGCAUUGGGAUGCUACGCUUCGUGAUGCAUCAAUUUCAUCUACACCAAAUCAAAUUCGUAUGUUAUUUGCGAUCAUAAUAUCAACAUGCUUUCCAUCAAAUCCACUGGAAUUGUGGAAUAAAUACAAAGAUUUCAUUGCUGAAGACAUUUUGAUUCGACUUCAACAUCGUUCCAAUGAUCCUGCAUUGCUGCUGCCAUUAGAAAUGUAUAAUGAAGCCUUGAUAAUGAUCGAAGAUUUGUGCCAUACUAUUGCAAAUAAAGCAUUAGGGCAAUUAGGAUUGACUCAACUAAAUCGUCCAAUGCAUGAUUUAUUUGAACGAGAAUUGCAACGCGAACAGCAAUUCGAUCGUGAUGAAUUGCGUGCGUUCGUACAACCGGGACACAGAGAACGUUAA